ACUAUUAUUAUUAUCACCACGGUAAGAAGAUGUCUUUCUCUUCUCCAGCUAAGAAGUUCACAGGUAUCCCGAUGUGCGCUCUGCUAGCGAACAAGCGCUACGAGCUGCUGUAUAACUGCGGGAUCCAGCUGCUGCACAUCGGAAGGCCUCUGGCCGCCUUCGAGUGUCUGAUGGAGGCCGUGCAGGUGUACCACUCCAACCCCAGACUGUGGCUGCGCCUCGCAGAGUGCUGCAUCUCCGCUAACAAGGGAUCGGAGCAAGAAAGCAAAGGUUUACCUUGUAAAAAGGGUAUAGUUCAGUCUAUUGUCGGGCAAGGCUACCAUCGCAAGAUCAUCCUGGCGUCGCAGUCUACCCAGAACACUAUAUACAGUGAGGGCCAGUCGGCAGCUAUCCCAGUAGCCAGUAUGGAGUUUGCAGCCAUCGGCCUGAGGAACGCACUGCUUCUGCUGCCUGAACACCAGCAGGACGCCAAGACAGAGAACGGCUCCAAGAUCUGCAGCCAGGCAGGGAGCACCGAGAGCGGCAACGAGAACAGCGACGCCUGCAGGUCACACGCGCACAUGAGCACAAACACACUAAAAAGUUGUAUCAAGAUUAAUUUAGUCUUACCUCAGUAUAGAUGUCAAAUUCAGGUUCCCCUAGAAAAAAGGAAAUGCAUUUGACUAUGAUUGUGAGGGUGAAAUAUGAUCAGUGCACGGAACAUUAACACAACUCAGUAAUGUGAUGUUGGAGCUUACAGGAGCGUCAUCUCUGCUGAGCAUGUUGUACUCUAUAUCAGCGGUUUUCAAAGUGUGAGGGGCGCCAGAGAGCUUC